AUGGGCGUGCAAGGCUUUGUUCCAAAAAGCCCCGAGACCGUCGUUCACAAUGUUGCACCCGUCGUUCAACGCCCUGUUCUGCAGAAUCUGCAGAGCGCGGACACUUCAAUGGUGGCAGUUCAGCAUGGGGGAGCUCGCCGUAGUGUGGCCUUGGUUGUGGGAGGAGGGCUUAGCCUGAGCGCGUUUACCUUCACCUGGCUUGGGCGGCGGAGCAGGCGACAGCCCCGACCUCUGCAGAGGCAGGCUGCAAGGAGCAUUGCCUCCAGGAAGACUGGGUGCAAAAAGGAGGGACAGGAGAGGCCACAGCAGCCUUCCUGCCUGACAUGUCUCGAGCGAAGGAAGCGGCCCACUUUGGAUGUUCAGUUCCUUUAUGCCUCUCCGAUCUUGCGACCGGGCGGCUCUGGCUCCGAGCGCCUUCCCGCUCUCAGCUGGCAGGAGGAAGCAGCCGCAGUGCAAGACGCCUUGGGCCUCGCAGAGGAUGCAGGUUCCUCCAUCGAAAACGACACGUCUCCGUCCUCGGCCUCGACAUCUUCUGUGAGCGCGGCACGAAUACGGGUGAACGUGGCCACGGUGGAAGUCCUGUCGCGUCUUGCUGCCGGACCCACGAGCUGCGCUCCUCCAGCCUUUGCAAGCAUGGCGAAACAAGCCUCGAAUCGAAUCGUCAAGAUCAAAGCGCUCUUGGGGUUCAUGUGUGUGCCGUACUUGGUAGCCGCCAUCGCAGUUGCAUGGCAGGCGUUAACGACUCCGGCACUCGGAGAGCUGGAAGAAGUUGACAUGCGAGGGAGAACAGUCCUCAUCACCGGAGCCACCUCCGGUUUGGGACUUUGGCAAGCAGAGGUGCUUGCUCGUUGGAACGCAUCCUUGAUAUUGCCAGUGCGCGACCUGAAAAAGGGUCAGGCGCUCUUGGAAAGGCUUACACAGGAGUUUCCGGCAGCGCCUUCGCCAGUCGUCAUGGAAAUGGAUCUCGCAUCCCUGCAGAGUGUGCGCGACUUUGCGGAGCAGUACACCGGACCGGUGGAUGUGCUGGUUCACAAUGCUGCCAUCCUGGGCACUGGUGAGCUCAUCCGAACAGAGGAUGGCUUCGAGGAGUGCCUGCAGGUCAACUACCUCUCGUCGUUUCUGCUCACACAUUUGCUGCUCCCACGGCUGGAGCAAAGUGCAGCCGGGCGGAUUGUGCACGUUUCCGCGAAGGCCCACGAGUGGGGCAACCUCAGCACUCAGGACCUGAGAUCACGCAGAGUUCUCGACUUGGAUUUCCCGAAGAGGCGGCUGCGUAUGAUGGGAAACCUGGGUGGAUCCUACGCGGACUCCAAGCUGGCCCAGGUUCUGUUCAACAAUGCAUUGGCAAGGCGUCUGCCUCCAAAUGUUGUGACGCACGCCUUGCAUCCAGCGAUUGUACCGACGGGGUUGCUCCGACAAGCAGCCUUCUCUGCGACUCAGCAGUUUCUGCACGACAACAUGAUGCAGCCUGUGAUGAGGAUGGUAGGCUUCACGCAGUCCAAGGAGGAUGCUCCAAAAACGCAAAUUCACGUAUCCACCCAUCCGGCCAUUCAGGAUGUGACCGGGCGCUACUACUCACCUCUGUCGCCUCCACUCAUUGACUGUGGACAGAAGGCAGAGUACUGCGGAAUGUCCAGCAUAUCAGAUGCAGCCGCCGAUCGGUUUCUACAGGAGGACCUCUUCGACGCCUCCUGUGAACUGCUGGACCUAAACGAUGGUCUUUGCGCGACAGUGCUGGAGAGCUGCGCUUCCUGGUGGCACAUCGCAGCUCACAGCGAGCCCGGGACGGGGCGACUCAUCCUGGAGGAUGAGGACGGGGCACCGCAAGUGGUUUCAAUGGCGGCGCAGCUUUUUACCUGCCAGACUCCACCGCUGGGCGUGUCAAUCUUGGCAUGUGCCGGGGAGCAGGCUGGGAGAGCGCUCCUUUCGGCGGGGGCCUCCUUCGCGGUGGUGUCAUCGGGGGAGUUGCGUGACACAACCGCUCGCAUUUUCGCCUCGCAUUUCUACCGCCGCCUGCAUUGCGCAUGUGCUAUGUCUGCAUCGGAGCCUUCUGGGAAUCUGAAGCUGGGUGACAGUUUUGCCUCCCAAGUGCGCUUGGCAUUUGGUGUCGCAAGAGAGGCUUUGCAGACUGCCACGAACCCUGCCGUCCGCGUUGAAGCAAGAAAGUUACUUUUGCUGGAGAGAGGCCUGGAAGAGGUUCCAAGCGUGCCAUCGCGCAGGAGCCUGGCUGACUGCUGGAUGCCGGUGGCAAUGAGCAGUGAAGUUCUUCCAGGUGCCAGCGCCGCCAUUGCAAAGGCUGACAUGGAGGAUGAAACGUCCACGGCCGCUGAAGACAAUGCCGGCGAGAUGAUUGCCGAGGAUAGCGCAUCCUCGUUAAGCACAUGUUCCAAAGAGACUUUUCCACAGGACUGCGAAGAUUUCGUCGGCCGUGGUGCAGACUUGCAGAGACUCUUGCAGAUUCUUGGCACUUCAGGAGGCCGACGUCUGGUCAUCUUGCAUGGGCCGAAUGGGGCCGGCAAGAGCGCGCUAGGUGCAGAACUCUGCAGUUUCGCCACAUCUCCUGGGAGAAAGUUCGCACCAGUCAAAGGCAACCGCAGGUUGGCGUUUGUGUCAUUGCAUGAUCCAGGGCGAGAGUCGGAUGCAGACACCACAGCAGCCUGCGCUCGCCUGUCCAUCUUUGCAGCGGCUGCAGGGCUGGGGAGCCCGAAGUCCUUCGAGGGACGGCUUGUACGGACAUGUCUGGUGGUUGAUGAUGCUGAUGAGCGUCUCGGCUGGCGAGACGAGUUCGUACCAGAACUGCUGGACAAGCAUCCACAACUGUGCAUACUCCUCCUCAGGCGAUCACCUUUGUACCGACUAGCCGGUGACGGAGGAGAGAGGUGGAAGCCGGUGAACAUCACACUUGGCCCGCUGCCGGAGAUGGAGGCAGCCCAACUUUUCCUUCAGAGGCUGCAUCGGCCGAUCUUCCCUUCAGACCUUUCUCGGGACUCAGAGAAGGCUGGAGCGCCGCUGAGGCCCACCGAAGACUUGUUGCGUCGAAUGACGGAACUCCCGGCAUUGGCAGCCUGCAAAGGCUUUCCACGGAAAGUCGUGCGGUUGGCUGCCGAGGCCAGGAAGUGCAUUAAAGGUGGCACGACCGUGCAGCACUCCGUGCUACCGCUCUUCCAAUCCCUUGCGCGUUGGCUGCAGUCCAACCUCGCCGCUGAGCCAGCACAAUCACGGUGGGCAUCCACGGCAGCUCGUGGUGGCCACCAUCGCAUCCGCGUUAGGCCACCGCUUGGCAAGACAGGGGGCGCCAAAACGUCGGAUGGCAACAUGCCGCCUGGAAUUGAUGGGCAUGCUGCGACGGUUCUGCGGAAGGUCAAAGGUGCUGGUGUAGUGUCCGGGUUUAACAUCCCCAACAAGAAACCCGGGGAGCCUCUGCUGGAAUGGGCUGGCACGCUCCUCCAGGAGUUUCCCGCUGUGGAGGUGACCGUGCAUUACAGUUUGAAGCACCAACGCAGGGAGAACCCGGUGGAGGCUUUCCGGACUUGGUGCCGCGACGCUGCCGCCGUGGGAGUUAGCAGAGUGCUGUUGGUAACGGGUCCCCGUGGUCCUCGGCAAGACACAGUAAAGGUGCUGAAGCAGUUUGGACGGCCAAUUGAAGGCAUCCGUUUGGGCGUCGCCUUUAAUGCGUGCCUGCCGACAGAUGCAGAGAGGGAGCUGGAACGACAGCGCUUGAUUCAGAAACUGCGUACUGGAUUAGUGAGUGACGUAUGGCUGAACACUGGUGUGGACGAAGAUUUGCUGCGAAAUGGCGUGGCGUUUGUGCAGAGCACUUGCGACAAGCUCGAUGUGAAGCCUGAAAUAUUUGGAUCGGCGAUGCUCCCCAGCGAGGGGCAGCUGCAACAGAUGCGAGAGCGGCCGUGGAACGGUGUCCAGUUUAGUGAGGAGUUCCUCAGUUCCCUCGAAGGGAUGGGCACAGCGACGAGCAGAGCCCUGGCCGUCUUCCGGGAGAUGGGAGUCGAGCCCAUCCUCGAAAGCAAGGUUAAGAGCGACGCAGACAUCUCAAAGCUGAGUGCUCUCCUCAAGGAUGAUUUGGAAGAGCUCGCCGAGCUCUUGGAAGCCGAGGGAGGUGCCGCAAAAGGCCCUUCUGCUAGCCCGUUUGGAUCGAACAAAGCUGCCAAAGCUUUCGACACGAAAAAACCAGGUGCCGAGGAGGUGUUUCGACCUCCGAGGCGGCGCUGGGGGAAGGACCAAAGACAGAACGCGUAG